GAGAGGACAAGGGAUCCUCAGUCAAGGCCUGCCUCAGAGCAGACCGUCACUUGUACUCCUCAUACAGAGAGAUGGAUUUGUGAUGUUUGUGUUCUUCGCUGUCCUCAACGUAUUCGCCGUUGCCCUCUACUUCACAGUACCGUACGGCUGGGCCCUGACGAUAUUUGUCGACCCCGCCAUCUCCAUUAUCAUCUCACGCAGCGUCUUGCGACUCCUGGCGGCGACCAACAACAGCGUGCCAGACGACAGCGAUGACAUCGACACGCUCCACUUGUCCUUCGUCCAACCAGAACAUCUGCCCACGGAGCUGUCUAGUGUGGUCCACACCGCGAACAUGCUCAACGCAGUCGUCUCGCGGAUUUUGUCAGAGCCGGACGAUAUGGACACUACGCUUGCCCCGACUGAUAGUUCAUGCGAACCCCCGGAAGUGAACGGAGAUGGGUGCACAGCAGGUGAGUACAAGCAGCCUACGCUACCGAUUUAUCUGACUACUGUUACGGCGCAUCUAGAGACGGAUGAGGUCGAAAGGUACUCGUCAUAAGGCAAGUAAUAUAUGCGCUAUACCGUCUCGGCGUCCAUACGGCAAUGCUGACGUGGACUGUAGGAAACUUAGCUGAAUCGGGAGCUGUACGUUAGUAUUCUCAUUUGCAUUGAUAUUGUAUGUUUGA